AUGACAGCUGUGCUCACUAUCCCGCGGGAAAAGUAUUCGCGGUUUGCCCCGGAUCCACUGCAGUGUCCCACUACACAAAGAUACAUCCUAAAGGGCCCAGAGGUUUCGGUCAAAUCUCCCAUAUCCAUCCAUAGUGAUUAUCUCUCUACGGACUGUCUCAGUCCGAUAUCAUCAUCUGUGGCCUCGUCGGUUCCGUCUUCUCCCACUCUCAGUAGCAUUUCGCCCAGUAUUGACGAUGAGCAUGAUGUUGACAAUGACGACGAGGUCCUAUUCCCCUCAUAUGAUUUCAAAGAAGUAUCCGAGAAGGAUGUAAUGUCUCAACAGCAACAGCAGUCCAACGAACUUGUCAGUAGUACUCCUACUGAGCCAUCAAUAGAUGACCAGCGCUUGCAGACGCCUGCAGCCGAUGAUACUUCGCUGGAAGAAGAACCGUCAAGACAUGUUGAUUAUCUCUCCCAUGACUGGAAAGAGGAGGACAUCUGGACAUCAUGGCGUUACAUGACACGACGCAAGGAUGUAUACAGCAACGGGUUGCGACUGGAAAAUGCUUCCUGGAGAACGUGGACGAAAGUGAAAUUUAAUUUGGGUACCAUCUCCCCAGAAACCCUUAAUUGGCUCAAGGAUUGCGAUGUGACAUGGUUGUAUGGUCCGUUGAAAACAUCCAAAAAUUUCGGUUCAAAUGCCUCACCUCCACCGACCCAUCUAACGACGCCCAAUAUAUGUCAAUCUCGGAAGCCUAUCUUGAAGAAAAAGACCGCAUCAGAGACAAUGCUGCAACGAUCAUUGUCUCAACACACACUGUUACAACGUGCAGGUGCCUUACUGAAGGCGAAGGAGGCAGCAAAUGCACAAGAUCAGUCAAUUUCGCGAUCCAGGCAUCAACAGGAUCAAACAGGUAGUACUACACCGACAGCAAUUGCCGGAACACCUACAACUGCGUCCGUUUCGGACAUAGGGUCACCUAAUGAAAGGCGACACAUCCAUUUCAAUAAUGAGGUCGUACAAUGCAUCGCUAUUGAAGCAAAGGACGAGGAAGAAGAAUACGGGAAGUACCCAAUAGGGCUCGAGGAUGGCCUGCUCUCAGGCAAUGUCACCGUGACGAAUCAGCUGCUUGCCAACACAGCAUCUGGAAACAUGAGUUCCCCCCGUAACAACGAAAACAAAACCAUUGCACCCCUUCCAUCUACCACUCUCAGGGGAGAGAUGCCCGAGCCACCUGCAAGCUCGCUGUUUGAACGUUGGUUUGGUUCACGCUCAUCACCGUCGCCAUCUCCUACACCUAAAGAUUCCCAUCAAUCCUCUGAGCCAUCCGCCAAUUUCCUUCUGGAUGAUGAUGAUGAUUACAAUGAUGAAUAUGACUCGAAUGGCGGUUUUGACUUUAGUUGGCAGUCCAAUUGGCAGUCCAAGCAAGUUUCGAGUGCCUCCACUCAAAUUCGCCCUCACUCCGUCAGCUCUGAAGAUGAUGAGGACGGGCUAGAGAUAGACCGGGAUUUCCAUUUGACCUCGGAUAUGUUCUCGCUGGGCGAGUAUAGUGAGUCGCCGGAUGCUGGUAUUCUCGACAGAGUGCUUGAUACAGUAAACACGGCCAAAGAUAUAGCACAUGUUAUAUGGAAUGUUGGUUGGCGGCGGUAA